UGCCGGUUUAAGUGUAGUCCUUUAGUGUUACUUAGUAGGGUUUAGUUUUGGCCCGCUCGCUGAAGCUGUUCACCGUGGAGAUAAUUCCGCGGUGUUUUUCAGUGAGGUUUAGGGUUUCAGUAUUUACCUGUCAGGCACUUAGUAAGCUAUUAGGAAACUAAGUAGGGUAUUAUUAAGUAAGCAAGAAGGAAAGAUUGUAUGUGUAUUUAAUUUUAUCAUUUGGUUAUAUAAUCGUUGCUGAUUUGAAGCCGGUUAUGACCUCGGAGAGGGUUAAAGUGAAUUAUGGGACUGAGGAGGCUUUACUGGCCGUUGUGGAUAGAACUAAGUCCCACAAGAUUUUUAGUUGGAGGGAGCAAUGUGGGAGUUUAACUGAGGAGUUAUUUUUGCAGUGUCCCCGUCUCCAUGAAGCCAAGGAGCUGGUACAUUUAUUUGAUUUUGAGCCUUAUCGGGUGGAUCAGGCUGAGCAGGCACAGGGGGUGGGGGAGGGGACUGGGCAAACCUUGACUGCACAAACCCAGUCUGUCCAGAGUCCGGGUCCCGUUCCUUAUGGGCAUACAGUGUACCCCCCAUUUUCGGGUGAAGGCCCAGCUGGGCCUAUAUCCGGGUCUGCGCCCUCCCCAGCCGGGCCCUCCGCCGACUAUCGGCUUAGGGAUGAUAGCAGUGUACCCUCCAGGGAACCCCCACGUAGGGAUUGUCCCUCUUCUAGAGAAUCCCCUUCUAGUAAUUGUGGUCCGCUUUCCAGGGAACCCCCACGUAGGGAUUAUGUAUAUCCCCCUUCUGGGGAAUCCCGACCUGACAUUCAGUAUCCUCCCAGGGAAUCCUCACCUGUGGGUCAGGGAGAGUACCGGUCACAGGGGCGCCGGGAUUGGCCCCCCCGUCUGCCGAGGUCACUUAAUUACGAUGGGCGAACAAGUUGGCAUUCCUUUCUCAGGAAGUUCACCAGUUAUGCUGUAUCGUGUCAGUGGAGUCCAAGCGAGUGUUUGGAUGCGCUAGGCUGGUGUUUGGAGGGGUCGGCCUCAGAUUGUUUUUCGAACCUUAGGGAUAUGGGCACUAAUUCUUAUUACCAUAUGUUAACAGCGAUGGGGCGUCGGUUUGGGGCUACCCGAUUUCCGGAGGAGGCCAUAGCCGAAUUUCGAACGGCUCGCCAACUCCCGGAGGAGUCUCUUCUUGGGUGGUCCGAUCGGCUCCAAGCUUUGUCCUUUGAAGCUUUUGGGUGGGACCAACGGGGUGACAGCACUCAAAUGGUAUUGCAGUUAUGCCAGGGUUGUACGGAUAAGGCGGCGGGUUUAACAGCUCUCAAUACGCGCCCGAAGUCCGUCGAGGAGGCCCUGGAAGCCAUCAGGUGGGCGCAACAUACCCAACGUGUUGUUUAUGGGAGCGAGGCUCGCCGUACGUAUUCGGCUUCUCGGCAGCAGGUGCAGCAGACUUGCAUGUACGAUCAGGAGGUGGACAGGUAUGAUACGGUAAUUUAUCAUCAUAGGCAACCCCAUCCCCUAGAUCGUUCCCCAACAGUUUCCAAAGGUCAAGAUGUUCCCCGUCCGGCUCCCGUGGAGGACCGGGGGAAGGUCACAACGCCUUUUGAAGUUCAGGCCAGGAAUGACAUUGGCUAUUUAAAAGAGGAAGUCGCCAGUCUUAAGACGCAUGCGUACAAUACCGAUUGUAUGCUAGAAGAAAUACUGAAGACUGUUAAGUCUUUGGAGUUUUCUAUGCUUUCCAAUGCCCGCCCUCUAUCUCCCGUGGCUACUGGUGUUCCGGAAAACCUGGAGGGAUCGGAGAGCGAGGCCGAUCUCCGAUCUGGAAACCGAGAGGCCUACAAUCGGUAAAUACUGGGGUAGUUAAUGUUAGUGACCCGCCUGACUCUUCGGUCGGUCCCUUGGACAAGGUAGUUAAUGUUAGUGACCCGCCUGACUCUUCGGUCGGUCCCUUUGUCAAGGUAAAUAAUGUUAGUGACCCGCCUGACUCUUCGGUCGGUCCCUUUGUCCAGGUAGUCGCUAGGACGGCCGUGGGGCCUCCUUCUAGUGGGAAGCGGGUAGGAUGUAAGGUUGUUGGGAGUCCAGGGCUCCAGAGUAAGGACCUUUCCCUUUUCCAGCCCACCCGCAGGCUCCCAUUUUGGAUUCCUCGGAUCGUGUUUGAUCGGGGGAAAUAACAUGUUAAGUAUAUAUAUUAUGGUUCAUUAUCAAAGCCAUUCACAACGGCUCGUCCGCGAGGACAUGGUGCCGGUUCCUGUUCCUGGGAAAUAACAUGUUUGUCUUAAAUAUA